CAACGACAAAGGCGAAAUCAUGUAUAUUUUCUUUACCACACUCCGAAGUAGAAACUCCAGUUUUUAUGCCAGUCGGAACACAAGGAACACUGAAAGGUCUUCUGCCGGAACAAAUGGAGGAAUUAGAUUGUAGGAUCAUGUUGGGGAAUACCUAUCAUUUAGGCCAUCGACCAGGACCUGAAUUACUUGAGAAAGCUGGAGGCCUCCAUAAAUUCAUGAAAUGGAAAAGAUCUUUAUUGACAGACAGUGGAGGGUUUCAGAUGGUGUCGUUGUUAAAGUUUGCAGAGAUAACAGAAGAAGGAGUGAGAAUUGAAUCACCACAUGAUAGCUCUAUAAUGAUGUUAACUCCAGAAAAAUCUAUUGAAAUACAGAAUUCUAUAGGGGCUGAUAUUAUGAUGCAGUUGGAUGAUGUUGUUCACAGUACUACAACAGGACCAAGAGUAGAGGAGGCUAUGCAUAGAACUAUACGAUGGUUAGAUAGAUGUCUGAAAGCUAAUAAGAGACCAAGUGAACAAUGUAUAUUUCCUAUAGUACAGGGUGGAUUGGAUCCAGAAUUACGAAAACAGUGUGCUCAAGAACUGACUAAACGAGAUGUAAAAGGUUUUGCUAUUGGUGGGUUGAGUGGAGGAGAAGAGAAAGAAUCAUUUUGGAAAAUGGUGACUUUAUCAACAGAUUAUUUACCUAGUGAUAAACCAACAUAUUUAAUGGGAGUUGGAUUUGCUGUUGAUCUGGUUGUUUGUGUGGCAUUAGGCUGUGAUAUGUUUGAUUGUGUUUUUCCAACUAGAACUGCAAGGUUUGGUACGGCCUUAGUUCCUACUGGUGAUUUAAAUUUAGCCAAGAAAAUGUACAGUGAAGAUUUCCGACCUAUAGAUGAAGAUUGUGUGUGUUCAACGUGUAAAACUUACAACCGUGCCUAUCUACAUACUAUUGUAACCCAAGAAACUGUUGCUUGUUCGUUGAUAACAAUUCAUAAUAUAGCCUAUCAGUUACAACUGAUGAAGAGAAUACGAGAGAGUAUAUUAAAAGAUGAAUUCCCAGUGUUUAUUCAGACAUUUUUUACCACUAUGUUCCCUAAUAAACAAUAUCCAAUCUGGGCAGUGAAUGCUUUAAAAUCUGUCAAUGUGACUUUAACCUGAUAAUAAUCAUGUAUUUAGCCAAGAAACUGGAAUUUAUUUGGAGAGAAGAUGAUAUCUUAUUUUUACUCGCUGUGAAAAUUACUAGUGUAGAUCGCAAACGAUUUUUGAGUGAAUUGCUUUUGAUUUAAUCAAAAUAAAUCAAUUUGGCACGUGAAUACGAAAGAGACUGCAUUUGUAACCUGCUUUUAAUCAAAUUUGGCACGUUAUGUAGGCCUAUAUUGUUGAGACAUUUGAGUUUAUAUGCACAAUUUUUCUUCGAAAUAGAUUGGUGAUCAUGAU